CUAAUACUAACCAAUGUUGAUAUCUAAAUUUGCGGUUUUACCUUCACCUUCUUUUUACCUGCAGCUCCACCCUCAUAUUGCCAUCGGUCGUCACUCUUUUUCGUAUAAAAUCGUGGAGGAAUGAGUUGGAAAGUAUCAGUUAUCCAGCUGUUUUAAACAAGUCAACUACUGCUCCAACAUGAAGUCCUUCAUCCUCGUUACCCUAUUUGCCUUCGCUGCUGCCACUACCUACAAGGCUGCUGAAUACAAAGCACCAAAGUACGAGACUCCCAAGUACGAGACUCCCAAGUACGAAGAAGUGACAUACGCCCCUCAACCCUACAGCUUCGGAUACGACGUCCAGGAUAAAGAAUCUUACAAUGACUUCGAGCACAACGAGAAAUCUGACUACAACGUAGUCAGCGGAUCUUACCGCGUUGUUCUCCCCGACAGCCGCAUCCAGAUCGUCACCUACAAGGCUGACGCCAACGGAUACACCGCUGAUGUGAAAUACGAAGGCGAAGCCAAGUACCCCGAGUACGCUGAGCCCCAAUCUAAAGCUGAUGCUUCCUACUCCGCUCCAUCCUACAAGGCUCCCGAAUAUAAACAACCGGCCUACACCGCCCCCGCUUACACCGCGCCAUCCUACACUACCUCAGCCUACAAGGAGCCAGUCUACACCACUCCAUCCUACACCACUCCAGCCUACACCACUCCAGCCUACAAAGCCCCAUCCUACACCACUCCAGCCUACACCACUCCAGCCUACAAAGCCCCUGCCUACAAAGCCCCAGCCUACAAAGCCCCUGCUGUUUACCCUAAAUAUUAAUUCCCAUUGUCAGUUGCUUUAUCUUAAUUCUGAGAAUAUUAUUUAAUAAAGUUUUCAAACGUG